AUGCUCAAGUCGGCACGGCAACAGUCAGCUCGACGAGUUGUCGAGGCGGUGGGCGCGAAAACGCCAGCCGGUCCAAUGGCAUCGUCUGUCGGCAACGACGAGACCGGCGACGAGGUGUCGGCCUCGUCGCAGGCAGGCCGAAGGCCCAAAUGUGCUCGUUGCCGUAACCAUGGCCUCGUGGCCUGGGUCAAAGGUCACAAGCGCGUCUGCGCCUAUCGCGAUUGUCGGUGUGCGCAGUGUCUGUUGAUUGUGGAACGACAACGCGUGAUGGCGGCCCAAGUUGCUCUGAAACGGCAGCAGGCGGCCGAGGACAUGUUGGCGGUCGGCUGGCGCCAGAGUCUGCAGACGACAGGCCAGAGUUCGAGUCCCGUCGUCGAGACGACAGAACGGACGAGGCGGACGAACGAAGCUGACACGAUCGAGUCGCCGACAGCCGGGUUGGAGAGCCCGAGACGCCGGGACUCGAGCCAGACGAGCCAAUCGAUGCUGGGCUGCGGAGAGACCGAGACGCCGGCGGCCGCGGAGUCGUCGUCGCCCAGCGCCGGCGGUCGGAGGGGCCGGCGCAAGCCGACAGAGGCGAAACUGGACAGUCCACAACUGACCAACGAGAUCGGACUCACGCAAGGACCCCUCUGGGGACCCGGCACUUUGUUGCCCAUCGUGACAGAGCGUAAGUUGACGCCAAUUCAUCUUAACCCCCUGCUCGAGUGGGCAUGUCGGAUGGGCGUAAAACGGCCGAGUUGGCCAGACGCGUGUGCAGGCUACAGCAAAUAUCAGUUCCUCUUCCAGCAAUCUCUUACAACUGCCGCCAAAGUGGUGGAUUAG